GUCUUGCCGCCCCCACCGCGCUACCCCAGCGGGAACCUCUAUACCGGCUACCCGCCCGGCGCCAUCAUCGAGACCAACAACACCCUCUCCAAGCAUACCGGCUCCGAGUACCAGCUGCUUGUCGGCGAGGGUACCUAUGUGCAACGCGACGAGCUUCUUCUGGCCACUCCUCCGCCUCACCCCUCCGACAAUCCCGUGCCCAACACCAACCCACUCGCGACCGCCAUCGCCCCUCCCACCCAGGGUACCAGACUCUCGCUAUGCAUAGUCGCCCCCAAGAAGUUUCCUGACAACUCACUUGCCCGCACUAUCACCCAAACUAGCCAGCCUUCUGCUAUUUCGCCUUCCAACCAAGACGACCCUCUGACCCCCACCACCGACUCGGCCUCCUUCUUCAGAUCCACCGCCCCUGUCUUUGGAGACUCCAACCCCGCCCUAGCUCCCAUUCCUAACAAGGAUUCCAAGGAUCCCUCCAAGAGGCGCAAGCCCAAGAACAACAUCGUCAAGAGCAACUCCUCGUUUGUGUCCAGAGUCAUUCCCCACGAAGCCCUUCAGAAGCGCCUUCAAGAACGCAAUCCUCAGGGAACCUUUGCUUUCUCAAACAUCAAUAGAGCCCUCCAAUGGCUAGACCUUUCUUCCGACACAAAGACCGAGAAUCUUACCAAAAUCUUGUUCACAAAAGCCCACGCUCUAUGUCACCAUGUCAACCCUCUGACCAAGAGUACUACCCAUCUGGACGUCAUCCUGGGCUUCUCCUCCUCAGACAUCAUAUGGUACGAGCCUGUAUCUCAGAAGUAUGCUCGUAUCAAUAAAAAUGGUGCCAUCAAUUCUUCUGCCGUUUCCUCCGUCUGGUGGUUGCCCAACAGUGAGAAUUUGUUCUUGGCAGCUCACACGGAUGGCACCUUGAUCGUCUACGACAAGGAAAAGGAAGACGCUCCUUUUGUUGCCGAACAAGAAUCUUCCGACUCUGCCGACACUCAUUCUGGCCCGGCGUCCUUUGUCAUCAAAAAGUCCGUUCAAUCGCGUAAUCAAAAGACCAACCCCGUAGCCGUGUGGAAGAUCAACAACCAGCAAAUCAACUGUAUCUCAUUCUCGCCUGAUGGCAGACAUCUUGCCGUUGUUUCGGAAGAUGGUUCCUUGCGCAUCAUCGACUACCUCAAGGAACAGCUCCUGGACGCCUUUACCUCCUACUACGGUGGUUUGAUCACCGUAACAUGGUCGCCUGACGGCCGGUAUAUUCUAACUGGUGGCCAAGAUGAUAUUGUCAGUAUCUGGUCCUUUGCAGAUGCUGCUCUGGUAGCGCGUUGUCAGGGACACAGUAGUUGGGUUACCGAUGUCAAGUUUGAUCCCUGGAGAUGCGACGAGCGCAACUAUCGCUUUGGAAGUGUCGGUGAAGAUUGUAAACUCCUGCUCUGGGACUUUUCUGUUGGUAUGCUCGGUCGACCGAGAGCGGUGAGUUCCAUUCCCAGCUCUUGCUUGCGACACAGCCUACUGAUGCAACCUGCGCAGAUGUCGAUCAAACAUAGAGGCAGCGUGACUUCUAAUGCCAUCACGCGAAAAGAGACCAAUUCUACCGUCGGCCGUAUCAGAUCACACUCGACCAUUUCCGAGGAUGGAGAAGGCGCGACAAAUGGGGCAGACGUCGUUCACGGCUUCAGGACAAAGGCAAGCACGGCCAUACUACCGCCCGUCAUGUCGAAANAGAUAGACAACCAUCCGUUGAGCUGGCUCGAGUUUCAGGAAGACUGUAUCAUGACAGCGUGCAAAGAUGGUAAGUGUUUUGCAGCUCUGUGUUGGGAUGUCCGGGAUCCACCAAGAGACAUGUCAAUUGCGCGUCGUCGCGUGAAGCCGAUCGGGCCUUUUGGUGUAGCAAUCUGCAAAAAUUCACGUUGGGCUGACACGCUUCACANNGGCCACAUCCAUACUUGGGACAGGCCCAAGGAAGGAACCGGAGAGAACGGACACAACUCCAACGAUGCCGACAACAAUGCCAUCUGA